AGGUGUCCGGUUUGCUAUUGUGGCAGUCGACUAUUUCACUAAAUGGGCCGAGGCCGAAACGUUAGCCAUGAUAACCGAACAGAAAGUCGUAGAUUUUGUGUGGAAGUCAAUUAUCUGUCGCUUCGGGGUACCGAAUUCCAUCAUAACCGACAACGGAAAACAAUUUGAAGGCAAACGACUUGAAUCCCUGUGCGAAGAGUACAACAUCAAGCACUUCUUCUCAUCGCCUUACCAUCCGCAGUCCAACGGUCAGGUUGAAGCUGUAAACAAGCUCAUAAAGAAUGGUCUCAAAGUCCGACUUGACGCCGCCAAAGGAACUUGGCCUGAGGAGUUGCCACAUGUCCUGUGGGCUUACCGAACUACCACUCGGACGUCUACCGGCGAGACGCCAUUUUCCUUAACUUACGGUUCCGAAGCCGUAGUUCCGGUGGAGCUCGGAGAACCGACCUACCGAGUUCAGCAUUUCACCGAAGAAGCCAACUCGGAAAACAUGAAAGCUAAUCUGGACCUGCUUGAAGAACACCGUACCCGGUCCGAACUCAAGAAUGUUGCGUAUAAGCAAAGAAAUGAAAGAUAUAUCAAUUCUAAACUCAAACCCCGUUCGUUCCGAGUUGGAGAUUUGGUCCUCAAACGUGUAAUGGGACCUGACCCCGGACCACUCAGACCGCGGUGGGAAGGGCCCUUUCAAAUCAUUAAAAUCCUACCUCAUGGGGCCUACCGAAUUGCUCAUCCCGAUGGAACACCACAUCAAUAUCCUUGGAAUGCAGUAAAUCAACUUCAGACCUCAUCGGUCGGUUUCUCCACAUUCUCUCCGGUGCCGCUGCUUUCUCCGACUUCGGUCCCGGAAGAUAGUCGCUCCAAGACCUGCGAUUCCUUCAUCUUGGUAACAGCCUCAAUAGCCCCAUCUGGCACCGAAAUGAGAUCAUCACGAGGGUCGGUCAGCUUCUCAACGUCAUCUUCAGCCGGCGUGACAACCUUCACCACUUCAACAUCCUUAUCGGCCGACCUUGCCUUCUCCUCGAUGUACGCUUUAACCCGGCUCUGGGUUUGUUCGGGAGUCAUGUCGUCAAAAUGCUGUUCAACCUCCACCUCGGCCAAUGUUGAGAGGUACACCUUAUCGACACUGGACAGAGAAGAGACCCCCACCUCGGAUUUGGGGUCCCAAACCAUCAGCGGAACUCGGGCAGCAUUUCUGGCAUUCUCCGGCAUCUCGAUCCGUGACAACAUGUGUGGCGACUUCACAGACUGGAAAGUGGUGAACCACUCUUCCACAACACCCUCGGGCACUUUAACGUUGGCAGCCCGCUCUUCGUCUAUCGACAAAAAAGACUUCUCGAACAAAGAAGAAUCGUCCGUACCUUUCUCAGUCGCCUUACGACCGGAGUCGUGCUUUUUCUUAGACCUCUUCUCUACUCCGGACGAAGCUCCGAC